AUGUCUGAGGUUCAGAAUUGGGCAGCCGAGGGCCAUAAUGUGACUUUUUCCCGUUCGUCAGAGGCGGUGCUUGGGCCGCCGCCCGUGUAUGAAGAUAUCUGUUGCUUUGUGGCCGAGUAUUCUGGACGUUUGCCGCGCAACGUUUUCACUGGCACCGCUCCAUACGAGUACACUGGCUGCGACUACGCACUUAUCUUGUAUGCUAUUAUGCCCAGCAAGUGCAUCGACCUCUCCAGCCUUUGCUGGUCCACGACGCCUCUUCCUGCGCAGCUAGAGGCGAAUCUGGCGGUAUUCUGUGAAGGCUCUCGUGGACUGCAGCUGUGUGAUGCUCCUCUGUCUUCCCUGCAGCAGCAUUGUCUUCAAUGUUCGCCGGCCUGCAUCGUCCACCACAUCAAGGUGCAGCAUUGGCUUUUUGUUUUGUCACAACGAUUUCCGCCGGAGGAGAGCUUCGAUGCCGUGACACUGCGGAUGCAGUUGCGUCAUGCCCAGCUAGGGGAGCCGCGACUGGCGGCAUCUGACGCGUGCUCUUAUGCCCACGCCACCGUCGCCGGAAGGGGUGGAGACGACGCGUUUUCUUUUCCUUCUCUGCACUGCCAUGGCAUUUGGGAGGCGCCGGCAGUGGCGGCGCCUGAAAGGGCGGAGUGUGACAACACUGCAAUCUCCGAGGCGGCAGAGGCAAACAAAAAACAUGGAUCGGGUGGCGAUAAUGGGCUUCAGCGGAAGCCUUGCAGAAGUGCCGCCCGCCCGUGGCGUACUACGGCACCCGCCGCCAAGUCGGCUCCUCUGCAGAUCUCGCGGACAUCACAUGCAUCACAGCCAUCGUCUAGCGGCUGCGGCAAUUCCUCCAGAGCGAAAUGUCAUAAUGUUGCUCUUCAGUGGAAUGAGACCGAAGGACGGCGGCUGCAGCUCAGAGAGGACCUAGUCCGCGCCCGAGAGUCACUCCAGUGCACGUUGUUCGCUACCGGGACGAUCGACUUUGAGAGUGUCCUUUCGCUUCUGCAGCAGAAGCGGCAAUGA